GUUUCCAAAAACUGUUUUCAAGAACAGUUAUCAAAACUAAUACAAAAAGUGAUUGGUUACCUCUCCCUUCACUUCCAUCCAGAUCUGGGUUCUCACUCAUUCAUCCCAAAUCAGCCAAAAUUCAACAUUUUCCUGAGAAAAUCCCAGAGAGUUUGCCACUUUACUAAGAAAAUCCCAUAAAGAUUCAAUCUUAGCCACCCAUCUGAUCCAACGGUCCAAAAUCAGAACCCAUAAGAGAAAAGUAGCUGAACCUUCACUCUGUGUACUGUUGAGAGUUGAAGUUCGAACACUCUUUACCCAGAAAACCUUCUACAACAGCAAAGCCACUGCAAACAGAUCCAAAUCCGAAAACAUUCCCGGAAAAUACCCAUUUCCCGAGAAAGUCACACAUUUUCUCGGGAAAUUAAAAACCCAAACUUUUUCCCACCAAUUUCCAAUGGCUAAUGCUUGGAAAAGAGACAAAUCCAUGAGACCCCUUGUGUUCCUCUUCUCUGCAACUAUCGUCCUCAUCUUCAUCUUCUUCUUUUUCGCCACCCGCCCUUCCGCCACCCCCGCCGCCAACGACCCCACCAUCCGAACCAAUCUUCCAAUCUACCGAAUCCCGCCGUUCAAUUGCGAGGAGUGCCCGCAGGCGUACCCCGUCAUCGCCAACGUCGUUGAAGGCCUCCGCUAUCCCUUCAUCUACUCGCUCGCCGAUUUGGGCAGCUUGCCGGAGAAGCCCCACAAGAACAUCGUCCGAUUCCUCAAGGGGAAGCCGUUUCGGAGGCCCGAUAUCUCGGCCACGAUUCAGGGCGUUCUCGAGAAAUUCAAAGGGGAAGGGAGGGACAACGGGCUGGUGGUGGACGUCGGUGCCAAUGUCGGCAUGGCCAGCUUCGCGGCCGCCGUCAUGGGUUUUCAGGUGCUUGCUUUUGAGCCGGUUUUCGAGAAUUUGCAGAGGAUUUGUGAUGGGAUUUACUUGAAUCGUGUGGGGGAUUUGGUGACGGUGUUCGAGGCCGCCGCCUCCGACCGCCCUGGCAAUAUUACCUUCCACAAGUUGGUUGGUCGGAUGGACAACAGUGCUAUUUCAGCGACUGGUGCAAGGCUGGCUUUCAAGAAUAACGAAGAAGUGGCAGUUCAAGUAAGAACCAUUCCUCUCGAUGAUGUGAUCCCGGAAACAGAGCCUGUUCUCCUGCUCAAAAUUGAUGUGCAAGGUUGGGAAUAUCAUGUGCUGAAAGGAGCUUCCAAGUUACUGUCAAGAAAGGCAGGAGAAGCACCCUAUGUCAUCUAUGAGGAAGAUGAGCGGCUGCUGCGUGCCAGCAAUAGCAGUGCUGGAGAGAUUCGAAAUUUCCUGAAGGGUGUGGGUUACAAUCACUGCACGCUGCAUGGUACAGAUGCACACUGCACCAAAUUGGGCUAACAUGUUCUUCAUACCUUAGGCUUUGCCGCGAGAAACAGAACCAAACUACCAUAUCGUGGUUGGUUUGCAUAUAAUUUUCUGAAGACGGACUAGUCAUACAUGAUACUGUCAGAUAAAUUAGAUAAUGGUCUAACAGAUAUCAAUGUAACACAGCGGGCGCCUGCAGUCUGUAACGUGCGUUGGCCAUGAUGGUUGAUGGCAAGCUAUUUCGGGAAACACUCCGUGAAUACAUUGAAAGGAGAUCGGUUCAGAAGGAGCUGCUCGUUGAGCUCAACCGGAUUUAUCUACAUGCGUUAGUCGGCACGUUGCAGUGUGCCCUUGAAGGCUUUUAAUUGUAAAAUUGUUUUUCGUUAACUGAUCUUUACUGAUGGAUUGAUACAUUAAAACUUCUAUUCGAUUCGUUGAGGAUGUCGAUUUCAAUGUUUGUUAGGAUAUUUUUCUCUUGUAAUAAGAAAAAGUAGAAAUAUUCGGAUUUUCA